AAUUUGUUGUUAAUUGUGUUAAUUUAAUUUCAAUUCCCCUAAAAUAAUAAAUAAAAAACAGUUUUAAUACGAGAAUAUAAAUAAAAAGUUUCGGCGAUAAGAAUAAUUCUGCGUGGAAUAGUAAAUACAGAUGGAAUUUUUUUGAGGUUAGGAAUCCCUUAUCUAACAAUAGAUAUUUUUCCCCGCGGUAAAAGUUUGCAAAUAUAUUGUGAAUUGUAUCGAAAAAUUUAAUUAUUCCCCCCCGGAGAAAAUUUUUUUUUAUAUAAAAAAAACAUUGUUCUGGGGGUGUCGAAAAUUGGCGGAGAAUACCGAAUGCGGUCGAUGAAACGCGAAAGGUCAGGGAACAAUAUGGCUGAUGUGCAAAGUUUUUGCUGUCCGUGUAAGGAAUUCGCGUCGUUUUGACGGUUGAAAUAGUGAUAGACCUGUCAGGUGGUGAGUGUUAAAGGAUAUCAAAUAGUGUUGUGAGAGGUCGAAGAGGCGCGUUUAAUUACGCGAUUCGUUCGGGCGGCCCGAUGCGGGUCGCAAGAGUUUCGCCGAGUGCAAAUGAUGACUUCGAUGCUGUCCAGCUUUAAUCCGCCUAUUGUGAAGCGGCUGCUGGGCUGGAAGAAAGCCGAGGGCGAGGACAAAUGGAGCGAGAAGGCCGUUAAGAGCCUCGUGAAGAAGCUCAAAAAGUCAGCUGGUCUCGAGGAACUCGAGAAGGCUAUCACCACACAAAGUUGCAACACCAAGUGCAUCACUAUACCAAGGCCAAGCCCAGGUGGCGUCGGUGACAACGGUGUUCAGGGUGUGCGAGGCAAAGGUUUACCACACGUGAUUUAUUGUCGUCUGUGGCGUUGGCCGGAUUUACAGUCGCAUCACGAGCUCAGGGCCAUCGAACACUGCGAAUACGCCUUUACGCAAAAGAGAGACGAAGUCUGCGUGAACCCUUAUCAUUAUCAGCGUAUUCAAACGCCAGUUUUACCAGCCAUUUUGGUCCCAAGGCAUAAUCUUUCCGGGGAGGAAUCUGUUCUCUAUAAUACCUCUCUUGAAGAGCUAAGCGUGAGUGUGCCGGAGAAUACAAGCUUUCACGCAACACUAAAUCAUCAGCACCACAAUCAGCAGGGAAUCCCUCAAUCCCCACAACAGCAGCAACCAAAUAAUCCAUACCAAGGAAUGCAGAGCAUGCAGGCGACAAGUCCGGCGAGUGUUGGCAGUCUGGGAAGUGUUCAGGGUUCGCCUCACCCUGCUCCAGGCUCGAUGGAUCCUCCAGCAGACACGCCGCCUCCAGGUUACAUAAGUGAAGAUGGCGAUAAUAUGGAUCACAAUGAUAACAUGUCUCUGUCACGUUUAUCACCUAGUCCCGUCGAUGCCCAACCAGUGAUGUAUUGUGAACCUGCUUUUUGGUGUUCCAUAAGCUAUUACGAAUUAAAUACAAGAGUAGGUGAAACGUUUCAUGCUUCUCAACCAAGUAUAACUGUAGACGGUUUCACGGAUCCAAGUAAUUCUGAAAGAUUUUGCUUGGGUCUGUUGUCAAAUGUUAACCGCAACACGGUCGUUGAACAAACUAGACGACACAUCGGUAAAGGUGUCAGAUUAUAUUACAUCGGCGGAGAAGUUUUCGCCGAAUGCCUCUCAGAUUCAAGUAUCUUCGUUCAAAGUCCCAAUUGCAAUCAACGUUAUGGCUGGCAUCCAGCUACUGUCUGCAAAAUACCACCUGGCUGUAAUCUGAAAAUCUUCAAUAAUCAAGAGUUUGCUGCUCUACUUUCGCAAUCAGUUUCCCAGGGUUUCGAAGCUGUUUAUCAACUAACUCGAAUGUGCACGAUCAGAAUGAGUUUCGUGAAGGGUUGGGGUGCUGAGUAUCGUCGACAAACCGUGACUUCAACGCCUUGCUGGAUCGAGCUGCAUUUAAACGGACCGCUUCAGUGGCUUGACAGGGUACUCACGCAAAUGGGCUCUCCUCGUUUACCCUGUUCCUCGAUGUCUUAAGUAUCCUUUAAAUUUCUCAGAAUAAGUGCGUGUAACACAUUAUUUCUGAGUGACGAAACGAUCUCUAGCUCAUUGGUCGAUUUCCUCUGCCAUGGCAAAAAAAUAAAUAAAUAAAACAGUCCUCGUUAAUUAACAGGUACUCAGGUUCGUAUUUUGAGAUACUCAAAAAAGAAAAAAAUACGAAACAGCAAUAACUGAUCACUACUCCUUUAAAAAUAAUUCAUUUUCUUUUCUACAUGUUUCAUUUUUAAAAAUUUUAUCCAAACUCGAUAUGUCGAGUUUUUUACAGUUUUUUGUUUUAAAUUUUAAAUCCGAAUUUCUUUUUUUUUUGUGUCGCGUAAUAAUGCAUUUAUCACUCACUCACAUUUUAUAUCAUAGAACACAACGUCAGUCAGGGUGAUUUGAAACGAUGAGCUGAUAAAUUUUUAAAUCAUAUAAUAUAAUGCAUGUUAAAUAUAUCAGAUUACGACGAAAAUUAGAAUUUUACGUAUACACGAUAUAUCAACCGCAUUAUCGACGUACGGCGCAACGUCGAAAUUUGACGGGUCACGCAAAGGGAACGUUACAAAAUGGUACUGUAUCAAUGUUUAUGUAGAUAGACCAUAAUAUCUUUACAAAAUUUAAUUAAUUUUCUUCCGUUUCGAUAGGAAUUAUUAUCAAUAUACGAAACACUUGAAUUUUUUAAAAGUUUUUUCCUCGCUCGUCACAUUCUAAUUAUGAUAAAAAAUAAAUAGAUAUUCAGAAAUAUCUAAUAGAAUUUUUAUAAUAGUGAAACUAAUAUUAUUCAGGGAUCGCAGACCGUGUCACCUUUUCACCUUUUUGUAAAUCUUUCAAAUAUUUUUUAAUUUUAACAAAUUUGCGUUUACAAUUUUCAUAAAUAGA